CAAUGUGCCAUCCCGACAAGCCUCUGACUUCUGAUAAGCUCCGAUGUGUGUUUAAUGAAUACAAAGCCGCGGUCCGGGGGCUGCCUGCGCGGCGGCGGCCGCUCUCCUGCGCUGCUUUGCCAGAAGCUGGCGGAGAGAAUUUACAUUUCAAGAUUAGCAGAGGGAGGAAGAGAAAUCUGCCUUUUGUUGUGUGGGGUGAGGAGCAGGCAUGCCCUGGCCUGGCCGCUAUCUCCCAUCACCUCUGCUAUCCAGACAGGACUCACCGAGAUCGUACUGAGAAGCAGUCCACGAUGCCAGACUCACCUGUGGAUGUGAAGACCCCAUCCAGGCUGACUCCUCCCACGAUGCCACCUCCCCCAACAACUCAAGGGGCUCCCAGAACGAGUUCAUUUACACCAACAACGUUAACCAAUGGCACGAGCCAUUCGCCCACGGCCUUGAAUGGCGCCCCGUCGCCGCCCAACGGCUUCAGCAACGGGCCGUCCUCCUCUUCCUCCUCGUCUCUGGCGAAUCAACAGCUGCCCCCAGCCUGCGGCGCCAGGCAGCUCAGCAAGCUGAAGCGGUUCCUCACUACCUUGCAGCAGUUUGGCAAUGACAUUUCGCCAGAGAUAGGAGAGCGAGUCCGCACCCUCGUCCUCGGCCUGGUGAACUCUACUUUGACAAUUGAAGAAUUUCAUUCCAAACUGCAAGAAGCUACAAACUUCCCACUGCGACCUUUUGUCAUCCCAUUUUUGAAGGCCAACUUGCCCCUUCUGCAGCGCGAGCUCCUCCACUGUGCGAGGUUGGCCAAACAGAACCCCGCCCAGUACCUCGCCCAGCACGAACAGCUGCUUCUGGAUGCCAGCACCACCUCACCUGUUGACUCCUCAGAGCUGCUUCUCGAUGUGAACGAAAACGGGAAGAGGCGAACUCCAGACAGAACCAAAGAAAAUGGCUUUGACAGAGAGCCUUUGCACUCAGAACAUCCAAGCAAGCGACCAUGCACUAUUAGCCCAGGCCAGCGGUACAGUCCAAAUAACGGCUUAUCCUACCAGCCGAACGGCCUGCCUCACCCCACCCCUCCACCGCAGCAUUACCGUUUGGAUGAUAUGGCCAUUGCCCAUCACUACAGGGACUCCUAUCGACACCCCAGCCACAGGGACCUCAGGGACAGAAACAGGCCUAUGGGGUUGCAUGGCACACGUCAAGAAGAAAUGAUUGAUCACAGACUAACAGACAGAGAAUGGGCAGAAGAAUGGAAACAUCUUGACCAUCUGUUAAACUGUAUAAUGGACAUGGUAGAAAAAACAAGACGAUCUCUCACAGUACUGAGGCGAUGUCAGGAGGCAGACCGGGAGGAGCUGAAUUACUGGAUCCGGCGAUACAGCGACGCGGAGGACUUGAAAAAGGGCAGCGGCGGCAGUAGCCACUCCAGGCAGCAGAGUCCUGUCAACCCAGACCCAGUGGCGUUAGAUGCACAUCGGGAAUUCCUUCACAGGCCUGCUUCUGGAUAUGUGCCAGAGGAGAUCUGGAAGAAAGCUGAGGAGGCGGUCAACGAGGUGAAGCGGCAGGCCAUGACCGAGCUGCAGAAGGCCGUGUCCGAGGCCGAGCGGAAAGCGCACGACAUGAUCACGUCGGAGCGCGCCAAGAUGGAGCGCACGGUGGCCGAGGCCAAGCGGCAGGCGGCGGAGGACGCGCUCGCCGUCAUCAACCAGCAGGAGGACUCGAGCGAGAGUUGCUGGAACUGCGGCCGGAAAGCCAGCGAGACCUGCAGCGGCUGUAACACGGCCCGGUACUGUGGCUCCUUUUGCCAGCACAAAGACUGGGAGAAGCACCACCACAUCUGUGGACAGACGCUGCAGGCCCAGCAGCAGGGGGACACGCCCGCCGUCAGCUCCUCCGUCACGCCCAACAGCGGGGCCGGGAGCCCGAUGGACACCCCGCCGGCAGCCACCCCCAGGUCGACCACCCCAGGGACCCCUUCCACCAUAGAGACGACACCUCGCUAGACGUGCACUCAGAACUGUCGGAGGAAAGACAACACAACCAACGCGAAACCAAGUCCUCAUCCUCAGAUGCUCAAAGUUGUUUUUUUUUUUUUUUUCCUUUUUGUUUUCGUUUUGUUUUGUUUGUUUAUAGACGAACUAUCCUGGUUCAGUACUUUCAGCAAGAGAGAACCUAACUGUAUCUUGAGGCGAUCGUAAAACAGAAGGCCAGUAACGGGUCAUAAUGACUUAUUGUGGAUAACAAAGAUUUCUUUUCCUUAGAGAACUGAAAAGAGAGCAGAGAAUAUAACAUGAAAUGAUAGAUUUGACCUCCUCCCUGUUAUUUUCCAGUAGCUGGGAUUUUAAACUAGAUGACCUCAUUAACCGAUGCUUUACCAAACAGCAAACCAAGAGAUUGCUAAUUGCUGUUGAAAGCAAAAAUGCUAAUAUUAAAAGUCACAAUGUUCUUUAUAUCCAAUAAUGGAGAAAAAAAAAAAAAAAAGAGGAAAACCCUCAAGGGCAUGAGCAUUGGCUACAGCGGUAGACAUUUUAACAAGAAGAUGAAUGGCGUCCGUGGGUUGCUAACUGAACUUUGAAGACCCGCUACAUAACGCGCAGAUGUGUAGCAUAUUGGAAGGAGACACAGAUGUUCGGGGUUUUUUUUCCUGUUUCUGAAAAGAAAUAAUAAUAUCCAGGUCAACAGAAGGAAAAAUGAAAGAUGAUUUUGCAGUGGGAUAUGUGAACACAACAGCAAGAAAAAAAUGCCAUAACACAAAAGGCUCCUUUAUAUAUAUAUAUAAGUAUAUAUACAUACACACACAGAAGUAAGAGACUCAGCCUGCAGUUAUUAGCAUCCUGGCAGCUUUGACACCAGCCAGCUGCUGCUCUAAACAACCCUCAACGUUUCUUCACUUUUGCAAGGUUCCACAGAGCAAGACAUUGGGUCUAUUCCAGCUCAUUCAUUUUAUAUUGAAAAAUAAUUUUUAAAAAAAUGGUGGCUCCAGCUCCAGCCCCUUUCUAAAUUUUUUCAACCCUACCCUGUUUGGAUUUUUAAUUAAAAACUAGUAGUUCUCUUGGUGUUAAAACACUUCUGUCCUGUGAGGUUUCCCAAUGGUGUUUUUCUUGUAAACGUGCUGGACGACUGUGAAGACGCGUUGUAGUUUAACCACGUGCCCACAUUUAGUCUCUUUAUUCCUAGUUGGUGAGAAACCUGUAUCUUUCUAUGCUGCUUUUAUAUCUGUAUGUAUUAGUGGUAUUUCUCUAGUAGUUAAAAAAAGAAAGAAAAAAAAAAAAAAAGACUUUUUUGGUUGUCCUCAAGAAAAGAAAAGAAAAAGGCUAUCUUUCGGAGCUGCUAUUUCACUCUCUUAUAGGAUUUUUUUUUCCCCCUGAAAACCAGCAUGCUUCACGGAAUGCUAACAUAUUGGUGUUUUUGUAAGAGGGAUGUACAUAAAUGUAUUUUGCACUGUCACAAUGACUCCCUAGGCAUGCUUUUUUUUUUUUUUUUUGAGCAAACUUUUUAAAUAUGCUAGAUCCAUUCCACCAAGUUUAGCUGUAGCAUAGAGUAGUAGUGGAUUUUUUUCUUUUCUUUUUUUUUGAUGAAAAAUCAUUAUUAGGGACUUUUGAAAAAAAUAACAAGAUAUCCUACUUUAAAAAAAAAAAAAAGACAGUGCAUGUGUAUCGCUGUAAGGUUGUUUAAGUAUUUCUAAUUUUACAAAAAAAAAAAAAAAAGAUAAA